AUGGACAUAAAUGUGGAGAAUGAUGUUGUGGUUUGCGGCGCGGCGUCGAAAUCGGCGAGAAUCAUUGCGAUCGAUGAGCAGACUGGCAAAAUGGCGGUUAUCAGGAAGCAGAGAAAACAAGGCGCUCAUGAUUACAUCGAAUUCUACAACGUUUUGACGGGAUGGCUGGCGACACGCGAGCUCGUCGUGUGCCCCGAAAAUGGUUCGAUCGAGCACGCGAUGUUCGUCGCCAAUGGCGAAUUGUUGGUGUCGCACGCGAACGGCUCGAUAUGUUUUGUGGAUCCGCACGAUUCGCGACGCGUGAAACGAAUUCAAAUUGCCGCCUCGACGAUUUGGGCCGCCUGCGAGCAUUCCAAUAAUGACGAUCGCUCGAAAGUUGCGUUAAUCUCGCAUUCGUCGAUUCUUUUCAUUUUCGACGUCGUCAACAAAUUGAUUGUCUCGAGCGUGUCGCUGGGUGUCGACAGCCGAUUGUUCGAUGUGUCGAGCAACGGAAAUCUGGUCGCGAUUGGAGCCAUCGACGGCAUUAUGAUUGCCGGUGAUGGAAAAGUGCAAAGAACGCUGGUUUUGGAUCGAGAGAAUCGCCGAGAUCCGACGAUAGCGUGGAGUGUGCGUUUUUGGAAAUCCGACGUUUUGGCGUGUGGCGACUCGCGUGGUACCGUAACCCUUUGGAAUCCCGAAAGUGGAGCAUUGAUUCAGGCAAUCAAAUGUAUGCAAUCGCAUAUUUUGACGAUGUGCAUCGUCAAUGAUGAGCUGAAUGUGGCUGGUGUCGAUCCGCGAAUCACGUCGAUCAAAAAAUUGGCGACGAACGAGUACGACGUGGUUCGGCGGCGGACAGGACCGAUUCGCGAUGUUCGAUCGCUGGCCUCGUAUGAUGGACGGGUCUACGCGUCCGGAGAGGAUUUCGACAUUUUCGUCGGAAAAGAUGGAUGUCGACCGCUGGUGCAACAAUGGAAGACAAACAUUGAAAUUGGCGGCGAGAUUGUGGCGAGUUGCGGCGAGAAUUUCGUCGACGUUUGGUGGAAGCAAACUGGCGACGAUGAGCCGACGAGAGGCUCCGAUUUCGUGCCGCAACACUUCAAAAGUGUGUUUCUCGCGAAAAUUUUUUCGCCGAAACAGACGAUCAUCACUUGUUGGUCCCUAUCGCGUUGCGGCAAGCAAUUGGCGAUUGGCACGGCGAAAAAUGUGUCGAUUUAUUCGAUUUUGCCCGAAACGAGGCGAAAAAUUGCGAAAAUCGCCACAUUCGACGACGUCGCUCCGACGGCUCUUCAUAUUUCUGAGAAGGUUCUGACGGUUUGCCGAGGCGAUUUCGAGAUUUUGCAGUUUCAAUGCGCACAGGAGAACAAGAAGCCGAGAAUUGUUAUCGAUCAGAGCGAAUGCGGAAGUGUCGUGAAAUUGGAUGUUUCGCGAUGCGGCCAACUCGCCGCGGUGCUCACAACUCGAUGCCAAGUAUUUCUCGUCAACGUCGCGAAUGGCCAAUCGCGCGUCGUCAAAGUCGAUUUGCCGAUCGACGUGAUCGCGCGCAAAGAAUCGGCGGUGAUCCUGUGCACUCAUCCGGCGUUCGCCGAGAAUUCCGAUCAGAAGAAGGUCGUCUAUGAAGUGGCGGCGACGAACGCGAGCAUCCUCAAAUCGGCGAGCUCGCUGGCGCUCCGAAUGACGCCGACGAGUCCCAAAUCAUUCAUGCCCGGCUUGCCGAUUGGUCUUUGCCGGCUGAGAGGCGACCGAUUUGCGACCUAUUCCUAUGACGGACACUUUUCCCUCGUCGAUUUGGAGAAUCAGAAGGUGUUCACGCCGCCUGACGCGCCGACGACAGCCAAGCACGCAGUCAAUGGAGGAAUGAUGGAAAAUGGCGGAGUUUUUGUAUUUGGAGCGCGACAAAUCGAAAAAGAAGAAAAAGUUGAUCGAAUUGUUGUUCUUCGAAUCGCUGGCGAUGAAGAGCCGAAAGUUGAUGGAUUCCGACUCAAAAAAUUCGGAAUGCAGUGA